ACGUUCCAAGUUCCAACCCUUGAGAGUGGGGGAGAGAUGAAGGCAGCAGAAAACUACUAUUCCAAGGAUUUCGAAUGGGAGCAACUCAAGCAAGACGUAGAGAACGACCCGUCUCUUCUCUAUCACUUAACCCCUUACACUAACCCCGCCAUUGGAACCCAGGAUCUUCAUCCUCCUCCUUCUUCUUCUUUGCCAAAACAAGAUUCUGAAGCUUGGAAUACGUUUCAUACCCGUCAUUCUACCGGAAAAUUCUUUAAGCUGAAGAGUUAUCCUUCCACACAGGAGAGGCGCUAUUUGCUCAAGGAAUUUCCUGAAAUAGCCUCUUGCGAUGAAUACUCUAUAGUCUUGGAAGUGGGAUGUGGUAAUGGCAGUACUGCUCUCCCGAUUUUGCGUGGAAAUGAGGGCAUAUUUCUUUAUGGAUGCGACUGUAGCGAUGAAGCUGUUCAGAGGACUAAAGAGAAUAUAAAUGCUGCUAAUUUGGCAUCAGCAGAACAACGCUUCUACCUAUUCCAAUGUGAUUUUUCUGCAAGCAUGUUUCCUCAGUGGUUGAUAUGUAAUUCUUGUCGAGAAAGUUCAUUACCCGAGCGACGAGCUUGGUCGUUAGAUUCAAAUUGCAAUUGGAAGAGAUAUUUUCCGGAUCCAUCGUGCUUAGUGGGGAAUUCUUGUUGCAUCGGUGGUGUAGAUUUCCUUACCUUAAUAUUUACUCUAUCGGCCUUGCCUAUACAUAGGAUGCCGAUUGCCAUCCACGAGUGCCUCUCUGUUUUGAGACCGGGAGGCUUGCUCUUAUUCAGGGACUACGGCCUCUAUGAUAUGACAAUGCUCCGAUUUGAACCCGAACAAAGAGUGGGAUUCAGGGAAUAUAUGCGGUGUGAUGGAACCCGAUCUUAUUUCUUUUGUUUGGAGAGCGUCAGGGAUUUAUUCUGCAGUGCAGGCUUCAUUGAGGUCGAGCUCGAGUAUUGUUGUGUCAAGUCAGUGAAUCGACGAAACGGGAAGAGCAUGAAAAGAGUGUGGGUUCAUGGGAAGUUUCAGAAGCCAUGAUUCAGAUUUCUUGUUGAAGGUACUGGAGGCAUAAUGUUGCAGUAGUAAAUUAAAGAUGAAACUUCAUGGCCAGUACAGAUUAAGAAUCUUAGAUUUUGAUGAGAAAUGUGGUACAGAUUAACAGGAUUUUAAUUUUUAAGGUUUAGAUUGCCUUCCUAGAUUAAGGUUUCUCAGUUUUAUUC